AUUAGCAAUCUUUGUGUUGAUGACAUUGAUAAAUAAUUGAAAUAUUUAUUUAAAAAUUUCAUAAACUUCUGUUGUCAAAAGUCAGCACACUGCUACUUCAGUUGGUCACUUUAGAACGCAUUCUGAAGAAUACAUCAUUAUGGCGCCGCCCACGAUGAAUAAGUGUUUGUUUGUUGCUUGCCUUUCAUCUCCGAAUGAAAGCAGGGAGCAGCAACACGUUAUUGUGCGCAAGCAGCUGAUAAAGAGCAAAAUGUGCCACGAAGUAGGCUUGGUUAACGUUCCUCAUGACUUGAGGUUUACAAGUUUCGACAAUUUGCUUGUUUGUGCCGAUGACCUCGAGAAACACGAUCCCAUAGUAGAAUCAGUAUUGAAGCGCGUUGAAAAUCUUGCCAGAAGUGUGGACAACAGCCCUCUCACAAUCCACUUUCAAGGGCGUCAAGUUGCUGUUGAGACUUAUAUUUCGCGUUUUCAGUGGGAUGACGGUCGCUUUCCUAGGUAUAUAACAUUAGCAGAGAAUUUGCAAACACUUGCUGAUCUUGUGAAGAAGAUGGAUGAUGAUGUAUCUGCGAAAGCCAGUGCAUACGCUGAUCUUAACAACCGUCGCCAGUCAAUGAGGAACGACGCCGAGAGCACUUAUCUAUACCGCGAUUUGACUUAUGUAAUAACUCCGGAUGUUGUUGACGAUCCUAUGGAUUAUCUGGAUACAGAGCACUUAACUACCAUGGUUGUGUUCGUGCCUAACGGCAUGGAAGAUGAGUGGCUGAACAAGUACACAACUUUGUGCGACAAAGUGGUUCCUACUAGUGCUAAACAGAUUAAUGUUAAGUGCUCCGGGCACACACUGUGGCGCACUUUAAUAUUUAAGUCAGAGGUAGACAAGUUUAUAGAAGGGUGCAAGGGUUACAACUGGGUGGCAAAACAAUUCGUCUAUUCAGAAGAGCGCUACCGUGCUAUUAUAGAUGAGAGCACGAAGUUGGAAACUGAAUCGCACCGUCAGGAAGCUUUCUUGUCACGUAUAUAUCGUGUAGCCUUCUCUGACGUGUUCACCUGCUGGAUGCAUCUAAAGGCUAUGCGUGCUUUUUGCGAGGCUGCUUUAAAGUUCGGGUUACCAAUUAACUUCAACUGUUUCUCAAUCUGGCCUACUGAUCGUGCGGAUAUAAAUGCUUUGAAGCAGUCGCUUGAUCAAUUGUUACGCCGUACUCCUACAACGACAUCGCAUCACCAUGAUCACCAUGACUUAGAGAUGGAGAAGGAAUACGAUUCCUUUAUUAGUUUCAGUUUUAACGUGGUUGGCUGUUAAUAGCCCCAGUCUAUGCUUUGUGUGUCGCUGAAAUCGCGCGUACGUUAUCACAACAGCGCUAUAGGUCGCCAGGCGAAAAUUGUAUUCUGACCUGUUACUUUUUCAAAUA